AUGAUUACAACACCAACUGAAAUUCAAACUCUAUUUGAAUGCUGCAUAUGUUGUGAUUAUCUCACAGAUGUUCGAGAAACUCCAUGUUGCCAUCAACUCUUCUGUUUCGCUUGCAUUCAAUCAUGGCUUAGACAAUCUGCUCCUAGCUGUCCUCGAUGCUGUUCAAGAAUAUUGACCGAAGCAGUAUUACUGACAAAUACUGUCAUUCAACGUUUUAUUGACAAUACCCAAUUCAAUUGCCCUUAUAAAUUACAAGGUUGUUCAGCUAAAGUAUCUCGAAGUGAUUUAGCUCAACACAAACAAUCUUGUCCAUAUUCACCAGAUAAUUUAGUGGUCAAGCGAGAACGUAAAUUGUCCGAAUUACGACUCAAGUUACGAGAAUGUAGUGAUCCGAAAAUACGUACGAAAGAAAAGGACACUGCAUUCUACGAUUUAGCCAAAGCCUUUCAUGAUCAACAAACUUAUGAAGAAGCAAGACAAUGUUUAAAAAUGAUUAAAGGUACGCAAAAUACAUUCGAUGUCAUGAUUCUGAGUGCACAAAUUGAACAAGAUGAUGGUCACUACGAUAAAGCAUUAGAAAUUUAUACAGAUGUUUAUUUAAAAGCAAAAUCCAAUGCCCAACGAAUUGAAUUAGUUUUAGCUUCAGCACAAAUUCACCUUAAAAAGGCACAAUAUGCUGAAGCUAAAGAAAAAUUUGCUCGAGCACUUACUCUUCUACCACAUAAUGACCGGUCACAUAAGAAAGCCGAAAUUCUCAAUGGAACUGGACUUCUGGCCAAGAAAUGCUCUGAUUAUGAUCAAGCUAUUUCGACAUAUACGAAGGCAUUAGAAAUUGCUGAUCCAGAUUCGGAUCUUUGGUCAGAAAUCGUUACUAAUUUGGCGGAUAGCUUCCGGAAAAAAGGAAAUUAUAAUGAAUCUCAUGAACUCUAUAUAAAAGCACUCAAACAACUUGAAUCAGUACAUGGUCAUAAUCAUCCUUUAGUUGCCGAUGUUGUGAAAAAUUUAGGUAUUAUCUUGAAGAAACAAGGGAAAUAUACUGAGGCUUUGGAUUGCUUCAAACAAGCAUUGAAAAUAUCGAAACAUUACUAUGGUUGCAAACAUGAGUCAAUCGGAAUGUAUUUGGGAAAUAUUGGUGAUAUUUAUCGAAAACGAGGUGAUUACAAAACAGCUGAAGUCAUAUAUAAUGAAGCGCUAACGGCAUUGGAAAAAUCACUUGGACCAAAGCAUAUUGAAGUAGCUGAGUUACUCAACUCAAUGGGCCUUAUCUUAGUACAGAAAGGUGAUUACAAUGGAGCAGAAACCCUCUAUGAGAGAGCAAUAAAAAUUGUCAAAAAUACAUUCGGUGUGAAUCAAGAACACUAUAAAUUAGGAAUCUACUAUAAUAAUCUAGCAAAUCUUCAUCGUAAAAGAAAUGAUGACGAUGAUGCUCUACGUAUCCAUCGACGAGCCUUGGCAAUAAUUGAAAAAACGCUUGGUCCCGAACAUUCAGAGGCAGCUGAAAUUCUUCACAAUAUUGGACAAGCUCAGCAUGAACUCGGGAAUUAUAAGCAAGCGAUUGCUCAUUUUGACCGAGCACUUGCGAUUAUCAAAAAAGAGUUCAAUGAUCAACACUAUAAAUAUGGACUUUUUCUUAAUUCUCUUGGUCUUACUCAUGCAAUGAUGGGUGACUACAAUACAGGCUUCGCACAUAUAAAACAGGCUUUGCAGAUUUUAUUAGCCACAUUGGGUGCAGAUCAUAUCGAAAUGUGUGACGUCUAUGUCAAUUUGGGUGAUAUUUUGGCACAAACAGCGAGUGGAGGUUCUGACGAAAGUGAUGAGGCUAGAUGGUUUGUAUCUCCUCGCUCUUCAUCCGACUGCCUUGCUUGGUACAAACAACAGCCGUCGCCAAGUGUAUACUUAGACAAAAUAUUAUCAGCGCCAUGUAAAGUACCAAAGACAUUUCCACGCUCAUUAAUUGACGGUUGGACAGUUGAUCCUAAAUGUGAUGCUAGAAAGCAACCUCAUACAUGUCACUAUCAUGGAGGUGCUUGGGGUUGCUAUCGACACUCCUUAAAAUCCACUGGUCCCGGUGCACAGGCUUGCUAUGAUAAGCAAGGUAAUUGGAUAGCUGAUCCGUGGAAAGGUGCUGGAACACUCGAUGCUGAAACAGCGUUGGGCUCAUUGUCUCAAGCACUGAAACAUUACAAGGUCGAUGUUGCACCGUAUUAUGAUUGUUGCAAACGAAAGAAUCUGCCACAACCGAGUACAUGCAAUAUGUAUUUCGAAAAACGACCGCCGGGCAUUUGUAUAGACAAACCAGCAGCCUAA